UGCGUGUUACGUCAUUGAUAUGCCACCAUGUUGAAUCUGUCUUAGUCAAGAUUCAAGAAUUUUAAAACAGAAACGAACAAAACCGGUUAAAUGUAAUUUUAAAUCUCAGUAGAGACGUAGUGAAUGUAGUAUUUUACCAAAUGUCGAGUGUUUCUCGCAAUUUUGGUCAAGUACACAACGAAUUACGGGUAACGCACUUAAACCGAGGGGCCAUUGAUGUAGGCUCAGACGAAGUGUGGACCAAGGGCGCAAAAGGGACGCGGUUACGACGCACUUCGAAGAAUUUGGACACCCGACGCGCGAUUGAGGGGGGCAAGGUGGAAAUGCGAGUAUUUGAACAGGGCCAAUCGAACCAAAGGACAUAUCCGGUUCAGAACACCGGCGGCAUUUAGCGUUCAAGGAUUAAUAGAAUUUAGAGAAAUGAGCUCAUAUCCAUCGUCGAACGUAACCUAAACAGAACCAUAACAGACAUGGCGGCUCAGUGUAGAAACCAAAUUCGUGUACGUUUGCACUUUGACUAUCCUCCACCGGCAGUUGCGGAUUGUCGAAUGUGCUGGCUGCUUGUGGAUUUAAACACGUGUCGCAUGGUCGCCGAUCUGGAGAGCAUCAUCAGAGAUAAGUUUGAGUUAAGUCGCCAAAGUAUUAUUAACCUCUUUAUAGAUGAUUGCUAUCUACUACACACGGAAAGCAUUCAUGUUGUACGGGAUAACGACAUCCUCAGAGUGAAGGUGGACCUGAACGGACACAGCCACCACUCAAAUAAACCAAGUGAAAACUCCGAAAAGAGACAGAAACAUAAGCCCGAUCAUAAUGGUGAAACCAUAACGUGUGUGGAAUUGAUGGAAAAGAAAAGGAAGAGAAAGUGUAAGGAUAGUUUGGAAGUGGACACCAAUAAGACACCUAGUGUGGAGACAAAUGGUGAUCACAACUAUAAACCCUUAAGGAAGAAAAAGAAGAAAGCAGAGGCAAAUGGUCUGACUGCAACCUCCCAGCAAGCAUUUUCUCCUCCUCAAAAUCACAAAAGCAAAAAAAACUCCAAGAGGAUGAAAAUAUCACACAAAUCAAAAUCGCAAAACACCCCAUCAGAUUCCAGUUGUGUGCAGGAUGAAGUCUCCAAUACAGCUGGAACCAAAACAGACUCUCCUAUUCUUGCGAAAGUUUCUCCUCCUUCCAAAUUACCUUCAAGUCCCCGUCCUACCAAGAAUUGUUCCUCGUCCUCCUCAUCAGAUACAGACUCCUCAGAUCAGAACGACACUAUGGAUAACAAGCAUAAAAAUGAUUUAUCCAAUAACAAACUAGGAUUGAAUCAUAAUUCCCAUUCUAAACUCUCAAACUGUGCACAGAAAAAACAUUCAAGUGAGUCAGUAUCCCAAAAUGACCAAAUCCCAAUGUCUCAGAAGUCUUGUGACAAAAACAGUUUUGAAGAGAAUUCAGAUCUGGUUACUCUCCAGCCCAUGCAACAACAAAGUCUCAGUAAUGGAGCUGAAAGUACGCCAAAAGAUUACAGUGCUAUGCCCCUUCUUGCCGCCCCUCCACAAGUGGGACAGAAGAUUGCAUUUAAGUUGCUGGAGCUUACUGAAAAUUAUACACCAGAGGUGUCCGAAUAUAAGGAAGGUAUGAUUAUGAGCCUAGACCCAAUAACAAAACAAAUAGAGCUGGAAUUGCUUUCUGCUACGCAAGCCCCUUCUGAGCCCGGCAAAUUUGACCUGGUGUAUCAGAAUCCAGACGGAUCAGAGAUCGUGGAAUAUGCGGUGUCCAGAGGAUCCAGGGUAACAGAGCGAUGGGAUUCUCUUCUGGAACCAAGGCUGAUGAUUUAAAACUGGUUCACAAAUGUGUCCUCACUGUUUUUUUACCAGAUGGUUUUACAGUAAUUACGCUCCAAUGUUUUAAUGUCAGUAUUUUCAUUUGAUCUCAAAACAAUCUUUAGGGUACAGAAACAAAUCUGUUUUUAAAUGUAUAUAUGUUCUUCAAAAAUGUAGAUCAAUUUCAUUUAAUGUCUUUUUCCAUGAGUAUUUUGUGUACAUUUUUCACCCCAAUAAAACACUGCAGUGUU